UCCACAUAUAUACACAUUACUCUUCUUCCUGUAUCUAUAAUAUUCUUCCAUUCUCUCAAGAAAUUAUCUGGGUUUCCGAAGGAACAGUUAUUGACUUGCCGCACUAGAUCUUUCGAAUUUGCAAUUUCUGUUUGUUCUUUCAGGUAAACCGAACAAGAAUCGGAAAAAUCCCAAAUUCGAGGACUUGUCUGCUUGUGAUUGUAUAAGGAAGAAUUUCCAAUAUUUAGGUCGGAUUUCCGCCUUUUUUUGUCUGCGAUUGUUGGUCUGGUUGAAGGGUUUCAGCGGAGGAAUUAGGAGAAUGUUUAACGGAAUGAUGGAUCCGGAGAUGAUUAGGAUGGCUCAGGAGCAGAUGAGUCGCAUGUCGCCGGCUGAAUUGGCUCGGAUACAGCAGCAGAUGAUGUCAAACCCAGAGUUGAUGAGGAUGGCUACUGAAAGUAUGCAGAACUUUAGACCUGAAGACUUCAAGCUUGCUGCUGAGCAAUUGAAGCAUACUCGUCCUGAGGAUAUGGCUGAGAUUGGUGAGAAGAUGGCAAAAGCUUCACCUCAAGAACUAGCUGCCAUGCGUGCCCGGAUGGAUGCCCAGGUGUCUUAUGAGAUUAAUGCAGCUGAGAUGCUGAAGAAGCAGGGGAAUGAACUUCACAGUCAAGGACAGUACCAAAGUGCCUUGGAGAAAUAUAUGCGUGCAAAGAACAACCUUAAAGAUGUUCCCACCUCAAAGGGCAGAAAUCUCCUUUUGGCAUGCUCUCUUAAUAUGAUGUCAUGUUACUUGAAGACCAAGCAGUAUGAUGAGUGUAUCAGAGAAGGCACGGAGGUUUUGGCAUAUGACGCAAAGAAUGUUAAAGCUCUCUACCGAAGGGGUCAAGCAUAUAAGGAAAUGGGCCAACUUGGGGAUGCAGUGUCUGACUUGAGUAAAGCACAUGAAGUUUCUCCUGGAGAUGAAACUAUUACAGAUGUAUUAAGGGAUGUCGAGGAAAGGUUGAUCAAAGAAGGAGGUCGGCGUCCUUCAAGAGGUUUGGUUAUCGAAGAAAUAACUGAUGAAGCCUCUGCGUCAUCUGACAACCACGAGAGUUCAAUAUCAGGAUAUUCUGCAACUCCCCCUCAAAAAUCCAGUCAACCCAGUACAAGUCAGACUGCUAACAUUAGGGAGCCUCAGUCAACAAAUAAUGACUAUUUGGAGGCUCUAAAAGAUGACCCAGAAUCUAUCAGAUCCUUCCAGAACUUUAUUUCCCGCACCGAUCCUGAAACCUUGUCUGCUAUAAGUGGUGGAAAAAUAGAAGGUAUAUCUCCAGAUAUGCUGAAGACUGCCUCAAACGCAAUUGGCAAGAUGUCUCCUGAAGAACUUAAAAGGAUGUUUGAACUAGCUUCCUCCUCAAAAAGCGGUUCCGGUUUCAGUCCUGGAUCAAUUCCUUCAGACCUAUCACCCGACAUGCUCAAGACUGCAAGUGACAUGAUUGGGAAAAUGUCACCAGAAGAUCUUCAAAAGAUGUUUGAGAUGGCAUCCUCUUUGAAAGGGAAUGAGGCCGCAUCAUCAUCAGCAGGUUUUCAUACUACUCCUGGGUCAGUUCCACCAAACAUGUCACCUGACAUGCUUAAGAUGGCAACUGAUAUGAUGAGUAAGAUGUCACCUGAAGAACGUCAAAAAAUGUUUGAGAUUGCAUCCUCCCUGAGAGGACAGGAAAGAGCACCAUCAACCACAACUUCUUAUUCCAAAGGAUUAAGAUCAGAUGACUUUAAUACUCGAGAAAAUUUGAAUAUGAAUGGCAGCGAUGUUGGUGAAAGUAGUACCUCUCAGAGUCUGAAUUCAAGAAGUUCUCCUCAACCAAGUUUCUUAAACUCCACUGCUGAUAUACAAGAACAAAUGAGAAACCAAUUGAAAGAUCCAACUAUGCGACAGAUGUUCACUUCAAUGAUGAAAAAUAUGAGCCCUGAAAUGAUGGCAAACAUGAGUGAGCAAUUUGGGUUCAAGCUUUCACGUGAAGAUGCGGAGAGAGCUCAACAGGCCAUGUCAUCUAUGUCUCCCGAUGCUUUAGACACAAUGAUGAGAUGGGCUGAUAGGAUUCAACGCGGUGUAGAAGGUGCCAGGAAGACAAAGAAUUGGCUACUGGGAAAACCUGGCAUGGUGUUGGCCAUACUUAUGCUCCUUUUAGCAGUCAUCCUUCAUCGGCUUGGCUUCAUUGGUCAGUAGAUAGAUCGGGAUGUUAAUAAAAGCAACUUGAUCCCAGAACCAUGCCGUUAGACAUGUUUCACAUAACUAAAUGUUUGGAGGUUAAUAGCUGUUGAUAGUAAUGAGAAUGUGAAGGCGGUGGGUGAGGGACGUGUUUUUUUGGGUGGCUUAGUACUUUAACCUGUUUGUUUUGGCUGAUAUAAUUGUAAGAUUAGAUAAAGAGGCUAAUGUUGAAUUUGUUGGUUUGAGGGAGCUCCUUUUGUACUCAAUUCACACAAUGAAUGGGUGUUGAAUGGCUCUCUUCUACUUUAUGGAAUUUUUUUGAACGUAAGAAGUUAUACUGAUGAGUUCAUUCAUGUUAUUAUGCAAAAUUAGAUGAUACCAGUCAUUAUUUUCGAUA